CACAAGGGGCGUUUGUUACUCUUAAACAGAUACCAGAUACAUUUUAAGUGAAUAACACUGCUGCGAACUGUCUCUAACAAAUUCAAUCUAAAUCGAUAUUUUGUUCUUAAAAUUUGCGGGUCUCCGACCCGGAUCGUACUCCAAAAUAACAAUAGUGAAAAUUGAUUUUUAACCAGUGCGGAAUUUGUGCCAAACAGCAAUAAAACCGAUAACAGAAAAGCAACAAGAUGGUGCAAAAGUUUCAGUCUCCAGUUCGCGUCUACAAGUAUCCCUUUGAACUGGUGAUGAAGGCUUACGAGCGCCGCUUUCCCACAUGCCCACAGAUGCCCAUCGUGCUAGACUGUGAGGUCAUUAAGGACGAAUCUUUUGAGAAAGGGGCAAGGCGGAACACAAGCCGUCGCUGCAAGUUGGCAGUUGACGCGCCGUACAUCUUUAAGAAGCUGAUCGGAGUUGACUAUGUGUACUUUCUUCAGCACAACUACCUUGACAUGGGAAACCGCACGUUGAGCAUCGAGGCGGUUAAUGAGAGCUUCUCGUCACGCAUCGAGAUCUUUGAGCGGUGUCGCUACUACUCUCACCCAGACAACUCCGAGUGGACGUGCUUUGACCAGUCGGCAACGCUUGAUAUUAAGAAUUUCUUUGGCUUCGAACACUCAAUGGAAAAAAUGGGCAUGAAGCAGUAUACUCAGACAACACUUAAGGGCAAGGAGAUUAUUGAGUUUUUUAUCAGCCAGCUGCGCGAGGAAGGUACAACUUACGUGGAACGUUGGACAACCCCCGCCGACGUACUCAGAUCCCCGUCCUUGGACUCUGCUCCAGAUCACCACAACAUCCUACUCGACGGCGACUUUAUCGCUCGCAACCUGGGGAAGCUAUCCCCAAUGCAGGAGUCCAAGCUGCUGGAGUUGCGAAAAAUGCUGGAUGGUGUUGAUGAUCUGGAGCGCUUGCCCAGUUAUCAGACCAUCAUGCGUUUCUUAGCAGCCAGGGACUGGCACGUUAACCAGGCUUUCACUAUGCUGCGCGACUCGCUCCGCUGGCGUCGGGAACAUCACAUAGACGCACUGCUGCCGGAAUACUCCAAGCCGGCCGUGGUGGUGGAACACUUCCCGGGUGGCUGGCACCACCACGACAAGGACGGUCGGCCUGUCUACAUUCUGCGGCUGGGACAUAUGGACGUCAAAGGCCUGCUAAAGUCUUUAGGAAUGGAGGGCCUACUACGAUUGGCUCUUCACGUCUGCGAAGAAGGAGUUCAGAAGAUUAAUGAAUCAGCAGAACGCCUGGAGAAGCCUUUGCUACACUGGUCCUUGCUUGUAGAUCUUGAUGGUCUUUCUAUGCGUCACCUAUGGCGUCCAGGCAUCAGGGCACUGCUAUACAUCAUCGAGACUGUGGAACGCAAUUAUCCGGAGACCAUGGGACGUGUCUUGGUGGUGCGAGCGCCCAGGGUGUUUCCCAUUGCCUGGACAAUUGUUAGCGCCUUUAUCGAUGAGCACACGCGAUCCAAGUUUGUGUUCUACGGUCCCGACUCCACGCAAAUGAAGGAUGGUCUAGCCCAAUACCUCGACGAGGAGAUCAUGCCCGACUUCCUAGGGGGACCAUGCAAGACCAUGAUUCAUGAGGGCGGAUUGGUGCCCAAAAUGCUUUACAAGACGAAUUCGCUGGAUGGUCACGACGAUGUUGCGGCUGUGCUGUCACCCACUACCGAGGCACGAGUUCCGGGUAACAGCUUUACCGCCAUCCACCAGCACGAUCAUCAGAACCUGUACAAGAGCGUGGAGCUAAAACCGGGAUUCACGCACGAGCUGCUCAUCCGAAACGAUGAUCCUAAGAGUGUUCUCACUUGGGACUUUGAUGUUAUGCGCAACGACUUGCACUUCACGCUUUACCGGGUCACCCAAGAGCUUCCGAAUAAAAAUGAUUCUGCCGUCUCGUACUUUGAUCUGCAGGACUUCGUCGAGGGUGUCAACUACUUUCGAGAGGAACCUACCCUCAUUUGCCGCCACAAAGAGAGCGUGCAGGGCUCGCACAUAAUGAACCACAACGACAGCUAUUUAAUGCACUGGUUUAGUCCAUCGGGGGCCCAAUUAAAUAUAUUCUACGAAGUGCUUAGCUCAGCCAACUAUAAGGGCUCCAUGACCAGCCUUCAGUCCGCCUUCUCCUCGAACUCGUCGGCAUCUAGUUCAAUUCUGAGUCGAUGAUAUGAAAAACAAAUUAUGCGGAACGAGAGGUGUCGAAUGGAAGUCCCCGGAUUUCCCAGCAGGCACGCGACGAAGAAGAGUGAAAAUCUUUUUAAAACGCCGGAUAUAUUUUUUAAGUCAAAAAGUGCUAAUCAAUUUUUUUUUUAGUUCCUUUAUUUAUUUAGCAAAGUGUUAGUUGGAUUUUAGACUGUAUUAAGCACAACCAGCCCGUUUAUUUUUUAUAAUUUAGUUAUAUUUUUUCAAUAUAUGAAAAUAUUUAUGAAUUAUAUUCAUAAGCAAAUUAGUAAUGUUAGUGUCGAUGUAUAGAUGGAUAUUACGAAAUUUAAGUUUAGAACCACCAAUAAGUCCAUCUUAGAAAUUACAUAAAAGUUUCAAUACAAUGUUUAUAGAUGUUUUAUGUAUUUUAGUACCAUGUAAAAAAUUUUAAAAAAAAUCAAAUUUAUUUAAAGAUAUUUGCUAUGGCUGUCCGAGUAUUAAAAAUUUUUAAAAAUCUAAUCAAGCUCUACGUGUUACCUAAAAUAGACUUAGAAAAUAAGAAAGUUACCGAAAAUAGAUGUUAAUCAAAACUUAGGUACACAAGCGUAACACUUUAGUUUACGGGGACCCCCCACCCAUUCUCGGUUUCAAAAAAUUGAUUUUUUUUUUAUUUAAUUCGAACCUAUAACCUAGUGAAAACCUAUAUUCAAGUGAAAAUGUCAAAAACUGUUGAAGAUAAAGCCGAUUUAUUUUGGAAGCCUCAGGCGACGGCGAUAGCUUUUCAAAACUUUAAACGCGUUUUUCUCGAAGCAGUAUUUUUACGACUGGCGCAUGAGGUUACUCAAAGACUAUUAAACCAAUCGGUUCCAAAUUUUAAUACUUUAUUCUAUACAUAUAUAGGUAUAGCAUGAACUAGGAUAAAUCAAAUCGGUGAAGAUCUUCUUUACUUUUCAACUUGAUUUUUGGCUGAAGGUGAUUAAAAAAAAAAAUGUUCAAAGGUCCGCCAUUUUGUUAAUUUUUGUGCGAUUUUAAAAAUCUUAGUUCAUGCUAUAGCCAUGCAUGUACUCUUCCUAAUCCCGUUGAAAUUUUUGGUUUCAGAUGUUCCAGUGAGCUGAAAUCCCAUGCGCCGCCGAAAAGGAGGGCUUUUGUUCAAUGACAAAAAACAACAACAAAAAAAAGAAAUAAAAAAUGUUAAAUUUUUUUCUUAGUUUUUAAGACUUCAACUAAAUGGAUGCAAAGUUACAAGCCUACAAAAUAAUAAAUGUACAUUUACCAGCCCAUUGAAAAUCGUCAAAAUUUGAAAUCGAGAAUGGGGGUCCCCUUAAACUCAAAAUUAGCUUCGAACAAAAUUAAAUGCCAAGUUUCUAGUAUAAUUAUAUUCAAGGAGCGAGCAACAUAGUAGAAGAGCUCAUGUUAACUAAGUGUACAAGUUGUUUUAAGAACGUAAUUAAAUAAAUGCAAUUAUACCAUA